AUGGAUCAGGCUCAACUCAAAUAUUUUUUCGACCAACAACAGAAGACGCUGAAGGCUCUGCUCGACGCGUUCAACAAGACAACCCGGCCCGCUGCAGACGCGAAUUCAAUCGUGAACUCGCUAAGCAACCGGAUUGCCUUCUUCUCGUACGAUCCGGAAGACGGAGAGACGUUCGAUGCGUGGUUCUCUCGAUACGAAGAUAUCAUCAGGACAGACGGAGCAGAACUCGACGACGCAGCUCGUGCGCGGCUCGUUGUCAGCAAGCUCAACAAAAGAGAGGCAGAGCGGUAUAGAAACAACAUCCUGCCGAGAGCGCCAAAGGAUGUGACGUUCGAAGACACCAUCACCGAACUUCGGAGGCUGUUCAACGAAACGAAGUCAGUCGCUCGACUACGUUUCGAACUCCUCACCACCAAAUUCACCGGACAGGAUUUGAAGGACUACACUGGAAUGGUCAAGAGAAGGUUCAACGCUGCAAAGUGGACCGAUUUUUGGACCAGACCAGGCCCAAUGUCUCCUGUGGAUCAUCGGACUCCAGUCACCAGACCAAAUGGAGCUCCGACACCGAGCUCUUCGGGAACUCGAGAUGGAUCCGAGGAUCACGCUAUCACAACUGACGGACAGGCUGGAACAGGCUGUGCUGCUCAGGUCGGAUGCCAUAGCCAUUGGAGAUCCUGUCGCUCAAGUGAACGCGAUCACACCGAGACGCAAUGA